UUGUUGUCAGCAACUACCAGCUAAUAUGGUUGUAAGCUAGCGCUCGCCGGUGAGCCAACAGUACAGUAUCGUUUGUCUCUUUCACCGUAAUAAAGAAGUACAGUACAGGGACGGUUUUAACGGUCAGAACAGCCGCUCGCAUCAGAUCUUUGUCUGCGAUAUCAGAAAGAUGACUUCUGCACUGUCUGAUCCAACUCUAGAGAGACAUUUCAGGGGUCACAGGGAGACUGUGGCUAGUGUUGACUUCAGCUGCAACACAAAACAGAUAGCCACUGGCUCUAUGGACUCCUGUGUGAUGAUCUGGCACAUGAAACCUCAGAUGCGAGCGUAUCGUUUUGAUGGACACAAAGAUGCUGUCACUUCUGUGCAGUUUUCCCCCUCUGGCCACCUGGUGGCCUCGGCCUCCAGAGACAAGACUGUACGUCUCUGGGUGCCCAGCAUGAAGGCUGAGUCAACAGCUUUCAGGGCUCACACUGCCACCGUGCGCAGUGUUAACUUUUCUGGGGACGGACAGACUCUGGUCACAGCUUCUGACGACAAGACCAUAAAAAUCUGGACUGUCCACAGGCAAAAGUUUCUGUUCUCUCUCAACCAGCACAUCAACUGGGUCCGCUGUGCCAAGUUUUCUCCAGACGAUCGUUUGAUUGUGUCGUCCAGUGAUGAUAAGACAAUAAAGCUGUGGGACAAAAACAGCAGAGAGUGUAUUCAUUCUUUCUAUGAACAUGCUGGUUAUGCAAACCAUGUAGAUUUCCAUCCCAGUGGAACAUGCAUCGCUGCAGCCAGUACUGACAAUUCUGUCAAGGUGUGGGACAUCAGAUCCCAUAAGAUGCUACAGCACUACCAAGUUCACAGUGGUGUGGUGAACACUGUGUCUUUCCACCCGGCUGGUAAUUUCCUCAUCACUGCGUCCAGCGAUUCCACAAUGAAGAUACUGGACCUUGUAGAGGGCAAGCUACUGUAUACGUUGCACGGACACCAGGGUCCAGUGACCUGUGUGGCCUUUUCCAGGACAGGAGAGUACUUUGCCUCUGGAGGUUCUGAUGAACAGGUAAUGGUGUGGAAGAGCAAUUUUGACUCUGGUGCUGAAUACAGUGAUGGAGUCCGUCUGCUGCAUAGAACUACUUCCAGCUCGCAGGCACCACCAGCCAGCUCCGCAGCUCAGCCGCCCUUUAACUCGCAUUCAACUGUGUUCCGCAGCCAGGCGUCUGAACCAUCAGAACAUUUUAACGGACAGGACUCCCACACUGGUGCCCACACUCAGAGCGGCAGUCGCAGUUGCAGAGCGACUCAUUCCCACACCUACAGAAACCACAGCACCAGCUCCUCCUCCACCCACCAGAUGCAGACCCAGAGUUUACCACAGCACACUACCCAGGUUCCAGCACAGUCCCAGGCCUCAGAUGGAGGGGUCCCCCCGGGUCUAGCCAGCACCCUAGAACACAUCAUAGGUCAACUAGAUAUUCUCACUCAGACGGUUUCGAUCUUGGAGCAGCGACUGACGCUGACAGAGGACAAGCUCAAAGAGUGUUUGGAGAACCAGAUGGAGAUCGGCCUACAUCUCCAGAGACAAGAGGAGGCCGAAAAGACGGCGGCAUCAGAGAGAGGUUGAGCUGCGGUGUGAAAGGAAAUGGGAUCACAUCAACACCAUAAACAGAAGCACAUGUACAGUAACUCCCCUUGUCGUCGUAAGAUCACACUUAUAAUAUCUAAUGUUAUGCACAGUGACACAUUUGCAUGUUAAGCAAAGACUUACUGCUGAUGUACUGUGUCUGUUUUUUAAGAGAUAUCAGAAUUGAAGGAGUUGAAUAGAGAAGUUGCUUCUCUACAACAUUGCUGAGAGCGCAGUCCCUUUUCUGCUGACGAAGGACCUGCUGUGUGUGUGUGUGUGUGUGUGUGUGUGUGUGCGCGUGUGUGUGUAGACACAUAGACACAUGCAAGAGACCUUCGCACUUUCCUAUGCACUGCACAUGGGGACAUUUUUAACUCUAUUUGUGUGUGCAGGCAUCAGUAAAGUGCUCGUUUACAACCAAAAAGCACAUAGUAAACUGUGCACACAAACAAAAUGCACAGGGUAUUGUCAUCAAUCUAGUCAUUCAUCAAUCAUUUUAGUUGUACGAUGUACAGUAACUUCAUCAUUUUUAAAUUGGAGAAAGAGGCUCAUUGAAAAAGUAAUUUUAAAAACUGUAGUAAACAUUUACUGCUGAGCAUGUAAAAUAACAUCAGUGUUAUACUUUAAGUUAGAAUGAUGAUGUUAUUUGCCUUGGUUUGGAUUGUCUACCCUGCGAGUUCCUGACGGCUGAUUGUAGUUACUACAGUUUAAAAGAGAAGUGUCUCGUUCCAUCCCUUUAUAUCUUUUGUCUGAAACUUUUAUACACUGAAAGUAACUUAUUGUGUACCUUCUUAAUAAAUUUUUUCACUCUUA